CAAUGGCCAUUGGGUAACUAUUCUCAAAACACUGCAGACGACUUCCUAACUGAGGAAACUGCUGCUAUUUAUGCUCCAAAGUAUCAUUCAAUAGCUUUAGAUUCUUCUCAUUCUCGGAUAGACCGACCAUGUCAAAGUACAAGACAUGUGGAUACAAAGGAUCAUGUGACAAAAAUGAGGAGCGAGAGGGAAGAAGCUCUGUGCGUUACAGAUCUGGCCUGGCAAAUACCAUACAAGAUGUCUUGCGCCAAAGACCAAACUGGGUUGAGGUGAAAGAUGAUGGAGAGUGGGACUUCUACUGGUGUGAUGUGGGUUGGCUCAGAGAAAAUUUUGAUCACAUGUACAUGGGGGAACAUGUCAGAAUAAAUCAUUUUCGCAACCAUUAUGAGCUGACACGAAAAAAUCUCAUGGUAAAAAACCUCAAAAGGUAUCAGAAAAAUCUUGAAAGGGAAACGGGACGUGUGGAGGCUUCCAAGUGUGAUUUUUUUCCAUGCACCUUUGCACUACCCAGCGAGUAUCACCUCUUUGUGGAGGAGUUCAAUAGAAGCCCUGGCUGCACGUGGAUUAUGAAGCCGGUAGCAAAAUCUCAAGGUAAAGGCAUUUUCCUGUUCAGGAAACUGAAGGACAUCAUUGAAUGGAGGAAGGAUGGUUCCCGUACAGAUGAGCAGAAGGACGCACCCCCUGUGGAAAAUUACGUGGCACAACGCUACAUAGAGAACCCUUACCUCAUUAAUGGCAGGAAGUUUGAUUUGAGGGUUUACGUGCUUGUCACAUCAUAUGUUCCUUUGAAAGCCUGGUUGUAUCGAGAUGGAUUUGCCCGGUUUACAAACACUCGGUUUUCUCUGAGCAGCAUCGAUGACAAGUACAUGCACCUCACCAAUGUGAGUGUUCAAAAAACAGCACCUGACUAUGAUCCUGAAAAGGGAUGCAAAUGGAAAAUGCAACAGCUCAGAAGAUACCUGACCGCCAAGCAUGGUAGAGAGGUGGUGGAAAACCUCUUUAAAGAGAUGGAUAAUAUCUUCAUCCGAAGCCUACAGAGCGUGCAGAAGGUCAUCAUAAAUGACAAGCACUGCUUUGAGCUCUAUGGAUACGACAUACUGCUGGAUCACAAUCUUAAACCGUGGUUAAUUGAAGUUAAUGCCUCUCCAUCACAGACACCCAGCAGUCAAGAGGAUUACGAGAUGAAGUACAAACUGCUGGAGGACACUUUGAAUGUUGUUGAUAUGGAGGGAAGGCUGACUGGCAAAGAGAAAAGAGUGGGAGGAUAUGAUCUCAUGUGGAACGAUGGGCCUGUCUACAGAGAAGAUGUCAACCUACAAACAUUGGGCAGUUCGUGUUUCACAGCCAACACUCACUUAGGGUGUGUGAAUGACAGAGAGAAGCAGCUACGCCACCUUCUGAAACCAUUCCCAUUCCAGAAGAAGAUGUAGCCCUAUCAAGAAUUUCUAACCUGCUACUUCAACAAUUGGUGUUUUAGACUUUUUCACCAUGGUGGGAGUAGACACUCUACAUUCUUAUUGAAUAAAUGUGUUUGGAAUUUCAUAAUGAAAACAUAGAUUCAUAUUGAUCUAAUUUGAUCGAUUUUUUAGAAAAACUACUCUGUCCUAAAGAUCACAGACACAAAAGAAAAGAACAAUCCCAUAAAACGGUACUCAUAGAUUCAGACAAAAUUAGGAUUUUACUAAUGUAGGCAAGAGG